CUGCCCCGUCGCCUGCGUUCUGGCGUGCCAGCACACUCGAUCAGGCGCCCUGUUACACAGCUGGCAUAAAUCACUGCUACAUUCAGCGAUCUGGCUCAUUCCCCUUGCUCUGCAAGCCACAGCUCACUCUGAAGCAUGCGCAUUCUACUGGAGAGCAGCUGGAUGAAGUUUGGUCCGGCUGGUAGGGGUACCUAUGACUGGGUGACAGGGGCACCACCUCCUUCCGUGGAGAAACAAUUGCAAGGUUACCACUGGAAUGAGCUAUCCCCCGAUGAGGGAACCAAGUCUGAGAUCAUUGCCUAUAUCAUCCUCCCUACUGCCUCACUCCUCUUUAUUGGCUUCUUGGCCUUCCUAGCCUACAGGAAGUUCUCUCACAGUAAGCUGGCCCUGGCAAAUGUCAUUGCACUGGAUAUGAAUGAUGCAGAGGGCAAUGCUGAGUUUCUAUCUUCUCUGAACUGCGACGUUGAGCAGUUCUCCCGCUCCAGCUCGGACACGUCGGACGGCGUCUUCCUCAUGGUCUACCUACCGCCCCCAUAUGAGGAGACCCUCACUAAGAUCACUCGAGCUACCAGCUCCUCCAGCGCCAAGGACAUGGAGUCCAUGAAGAUGGAAGACCUGGAGGCCAGGCUGUGCCCAGAGACCAAUUCAAGUGGCUGCUACGUGUAACAAUGGCAAGUCAGGGUGUGGAGGGAUAGUUUCUACCUACAACUAAAUAUUUAAUCAGACAGAGGAAAAUGUGGCAGCUAAAAUGGCUUUUGUGGAUCUGCAUAUUAAAUCAUCUACUCUUGCGGUUUCUUCUUCCAGGGUGCUUACUAGACACCUGUUGAAUUUUGUGGAACAGACAGUGCUUGGUGACUAAAGCGACACUCCCAUUAAUCAUGUGUUUGUUGCCAUGCCUUGUAAAGGAUCUGGCCACCUAUGGCAUCAAUCCACUCACAUGUAUAGUGUUGAUAUGUUUUCAUUGGUCUUUCUUGAUAAAAUCACUUUGUGUUCAUCUUAGUAGCACUGGCACAUGGUUUUGAGACAGGUCUCAUGAAGAGUAUCAAGAGGAAGAGCAAUUUUUUUCCAGUGUAUCAGCGCUUUAUUUUCUUUGGUUUCCAGUUGUGUAGAAAUAUAGGGUAUUAACCCUGUUGAACCCAGCCACACAUAAAAGAAAGGAAAUAGCUCAAAAAUAACAUGUUGGUUUAAGGAUUUGUUUUAAUUUGGCCUUAUAAUUCAUCCAGGUGUAAACAAAAACUUGCUAAAAACCAGCAUAUAUUGUAUAUUCAAAGAUUUGU